AUGUAUAUCAUCAAACAACAACUUACCGUGGAAUUCAAUACACAUGUUGAAAGAUUAACUACAGAUAUUAUGUCACGAGAUGCUAUAUUUGUUGUUGAGGGACAGAAAAUUGUGGCAAUAGUAAAUACCAUAAUCGAAACUAUUAAUGAAAUCACAACCAAUUAUGAUUCUCUUCAUAAUCAGUUGGAUUAUUUAACUGAAACAGGUUCUGUGGCACCAUUAAUAUCUGAACAAUUUGCUAGCCCAUCUAUACCUACGUCUAAUUUUCCCCAAAGAUCUUCUGGUUCUUCUUCCGGAUCUUCUGGUUUUUCUCUGGGUUCUUCCAGUAGCUCAAGCCAAUUAUCUUUUUCUAAUAUUACCUCAACAACCAGAAAUUACUUUAAAAUUCUUUUUGAUAAGAUUAUGACAGACAAUAAUUAUUCUUUAGAUGAUAUAUAUAAUAUGGUGUCUGUUGAGAUUCGUAGUCUUGGGAUGGGAAAGAUUAGUAAGGAAACUAUAAAAAAUUUUUAUUAUAAUAAUGGUGAUUUUAGAGGUAGUACUUUAAAUAAAAUAGGUGCUUGGAUAGAUAGUAAAAAUAAUUUUAACUUAGCUAAUAACACGGAGUAG